AUGUCUUCUCACCAGCGCAGAACGGGCGACCCGGCGCCGCCCUCACCGACCGGGGAUGCCAAUUCUGACUUUGGCCUCAGAAACGGCAGUGGGCACAACAGAGCAUGGGGAGCUACGCUGGACCCAACGCACAAUCCGUUACUAAGACAACCUAGCAGUUCAAGCCCAUCUUUCGAGGACGGAGACGAAAGCGUAAGAUCUGAGCUUCACUACUACCUCACCAACCCACCGCAGCGAAACCCUACCAGGCGGAUUUCCAUCCCCCGAAAGCCGCUCUCAGCCUGCCCUCCAGCCACUGCGAUCCACACGUCCUCAGAUCCAGGUCGAACCAGCGGCUCCCCUGCAGAACCUAUCCCUCCAAAACACUGGAUGCGGGCACUGGGUGCUCUCUCUCCAAUACUCAUGAUGGUCGAGCUAUUUUUUCUCGGAGUAGCCUUCACCAUAGGCCACUACGUGUUCUACAAGUCCUGGCGGGACAGUAUAGUUGAGGAGAACUUGGGACAAGAAUACAUUAUCUGGGCGGGCACUGCGUUUGCGUUCCUGUCGAAGGCAUCGCUGGUUGGCGCUGUCGUAGUCGCUCAUAAGCAGAUUGCAUGGGAUACGGUGCGCAAGAAGGCUAUCACUGUGGAUGGGGUUGACGCGAUGUUUGUUGCGCCGACUGAUUUUACCUCUUUUUGGAAUCGGGAUAUGUUGAAGAGGGCAAAGGUUGCUACUAUACUUGCGCUACUGGCUUGGUGUGUUCCUAUAUCAGCGGUUAUAACCCCUGGUUCGUUCUCAGUGAGCCUUGUCCAGCGGCAAUUCAACACCUCAAAGCCCAUCCCAUCCACAAACUUCAGUGAUCCAACAGGCUUUGUAACAAGUCUAACACUUACUGUCCUCCAAGACGGGACUGGAAAGACGAACGCCCCCGAGGCGAUCUCCGGCGCAACGAUAGCACCAAGCGCACUCCUAUCUAGGAUCGUCAGCACAACUGCUACUAGCGGUACCAUCCUCCCGAUUAAACCCCCACAACCAAAUUCCUCUUAUGUAAACAGCUUCCACGGCCCCUCUCUCCGGUGUACACCUGCGGACCUCCGAGCCACGCAGGCAAUCCGGCGAACAAUGAACUACGACGAGUCUGGGAGAAUCCGGUACGCCACAAUCUAUAACCCCGAAAUCAGCGGCGAUACAUGCAGCAUUUACGUAGGCCUAGCCUACAACACCACCACGGUUCAAAACCGGACGUACAGCAUCUGCGGACCAAACGGAGGCGGGUGCAUGGUGAACUUCGCCCAGGAAACGAAAUUCGACGAUCCGAGCAUGGGCCAAGCCUUCUCCUGCGAACUUUACAACACGUUUUUCACCGUGAAUGUCACGUUCCGGGAUUCAACACAGACGCUCGGUAUACAGAAGUUGGAGUAUUUAAACCCCGUCUCUUGCGCGCCAUUAGCACCGCCCGUCACAAAUCGCCAACCCUUCGCGGAGUGGAAAGCCUCCUAUGCGGUCUUCGCUGCUAUGGGCGAUAUACUCGUUGGGAACAUUACAAAGAACCGUGACAGCGGGUUCAGAGGCCUCAACCCCGUGUCGUGGGAUACUAGAAUCCUCCAGACAACGCUGAUCGGCAGUUCCGAUUUCGCGAACAUGAAUAUAACGAAUCGCCCCAACGACAUGUACACCGGACCACUAGCUCGGGGGAUCGAAGAGUUGUCUCGGAACAUCACCCUCAGCCUCCUUAGCUCCGAUACUUUCGGACUGCCGAUAAAAAGCGACGUGCUCGUCACACGGCAGGACACUAGGUACCUUUUCAACGAGAGGAGCUUCUGGCUUGCCUAUGGUAUUGCUAUAUUUGUGGCGGCGGGAGCGGUACUCGCUGGUAUCGUGGCGUACUAUGCGAAUGGCGUUAGCCUCGAGCCGAAUUUUUCCACGGUCAUGGCUACCACGCAGUCUGAUGAGAUGCAGGAGUUGGUCCGGGGUGUUAACGUUGAUUUUAGGGAGUUACAGAAGGUGGUUGGCGGGAGGGAAGUUAGGUUACGCAAGCUGCAGAAUGGUGAUCGGAGGUUCGUGGUUGUGGGGGAGGUCAAGGGAUAA